CAUCGGAGCUCGUGCUGCAACCAUCUGCCAGUAACGAGCCUGCUGAGCGCGCACAAGAGAGCGAGCGAGCGCACGAGAGAGAGCGCGCGAGGCUCCUUACUCCACAGCGCGCCUCUGCUCUCGCGCAGCAUCAGCCAUGUGAGCGGCGGGAAGCAGCAGCCUGUGUCUCGCGCUGCGGUGGGAUGGCGGGAGGACGGCGGGGUCUCGUGGCCCCUCAGAACACGUUCCUGGAGAACAUCGUGCGCCGGUCCAACGUUUGGACAUUAUCACAUAGACAGACAGAUACGAACUUCGUGCUGGGGAACGCUCAGAUCGUGGACUGGCCGAUCGUCUACAGCAACGACGGCUUCUGCAAACUGUCGGGUUACCACCGAGCCGAGGUGAUGCAGAAGAGCAGCACCUGCAGCUUCAUGUACGGAGAGCUGACGGACAAAGACAUGGCGGACAAGGUUCGGCAGGCCUUUGAGAACUACGAGAUGAACUCUUUUGAGAUUCUGAUGUACAAGAAAAACCGGAUGCCAGUUUGGUUUUUCGUGAAGAUCGCUCCAAUCAGGAACGAACAGGACAAAGUGGUCCUGUUUCUCUGCACCUUCAGUGACAUCACCGCCUUCAAGCAGCCAAUCGAGGACGACUCUGUGAAAGGUUGGGGUAAAUUUGCCCGUCUGACCCGAGCGUUGACCAGCAGUCGAGGAGUUCUCCAGCAGCUCGCUCCAGCCGUCCAAAAAGGAGAGAACGUCCACAAACACUCGAGGCUGGCAGAGGUUCUCCAGCUGGGUUCAGACAUCUUGCCUCAGUACAAACAGGAAACCCCGAAGACGCCGCCGCACAUCAUCCUGCACUACUGCCUCUUCAAGACCACGUGGGACUGGGUCAUCCUCAUCCUCACCUUCUACACCGCCAUCAUGGUGCCCUACAACGUCUCCUUCAAGACCAAGCAGAACAACGUGACGUGGCUGGUGGUGGACAGCAUCGUGGACGUCAUCUUCCUCGUCGACAUCGUCCUCAACUUCCACACCACCUUCGUCGGCCCGGCCGGGGAGGUCAUCUCCGACCCCAAGCUCAUCCGCAUGAACUACGUGAAGACCUGGUUCGUCAUCGACCUGCUGUCCUGCCUGCCUUAUGACGUCAUCAACGCCUUCGAGAACGUCGACGAGGGGAUCAGCAGUCUCUUCAGCUCCCUCAAAGUGGUCCGUCUGCUGCGUUUGGGUCGGGUCGCCAGGAAGCUGGACCACUACAUCGAGUACGGAGCCGCCGUGCUGGUCUUACUGGUGUGUGUGUUCGGCCUGGCCGCCCACUGGCUGGCCUGCAUCUGGUUCAGCAUCGGGGACUACGAGGUGAUCGACGAGGACACCAACAGCGUGAGGAUGGACAGCUGGCUGUUCCUGCUCGGGGAGACGGUGGGAACGCCGUACAGGUUCAACACCUCGGGAACGGGCCGCUGGGAGGGCGGGCCCAGCAAGGACUCGGUCUACAUCACCUCGCUGUACUUCACCAUGACCAGCCUGACCAGCAUCGGCUUCGGGAACAUCGCGCCGAACACGGACGGAGAGAAGAUCUUCGCCGUGGCCAUGAUGAUGAUCGGAUCGCUGCUCUACGCAACCAUCUUCGGUAACGUCACCACCAUCUUCCAGCAGAUGUACGCCAACACCAACCGCUACCACGAGAUGCUCAACAGCGUGAGGGACUUCCUCAAACUGUACCAGGUCCCCAAAGGCCUCAGUGAGCGGGUGAUGGACUACAUCGUGUCCACCUGGUCCAUGUCCAGAGGCAUCGACACUGACAAGGUGCUGCAGAUUUGUCCGAAGGACAUGCGAGCGGAUAUUUGCGUCCACCUCAACAGGAAAGUGUUCAAGGAACACCCGGCAUUUCGGCUCGCCAGUGAUGGCUGCCUGCGAGCCCUCGCCAUGGAGUUCCAGACCGUCCACAGUGCGCCGGGCGACCUCAUCUUCCACGCCGGAGAGAGCAUAGACAGCCUCUGCUUUGUAGUGUCGGGGUCGCUGGAGGUCAUCCAGGACGACGAGGUGGUGGCCAUUUUAGGUAAAGGCGACGUGUUCGGCGACGUGUUCUGGAAGGAGAUGACGCUGGCGCAGUCGUGCGCUAACGUCCGAGCGUUGACCUACUGCGACCUUCACAUCAUCAAACGAGACGCGCUGCAGAAAGUGCUGGAGUUUUACGCCGCCUUCGCCAACCACUUCGCCAGGAACCUGGUGCUCACCUACAACCUGAGGAAGAGAAUCGUCUUCCGGAAGAUCAGUGACGUGAAACGGGAGGAGGAGGAGAUGUUGAAGCGCAAGAACGAGGCUCCUCUGAACCUUCCUCCGGAUCAUCCGGUCCGAAAACUUUUCCAGCGUUUCCGGCAGCAGAGGGAGGCUCGUCUCGCCACUGAGCGGGUCGUACAGAGCGCCCCUGAUGUGGAGAAAGGUGUCGUUCCCCUGGAGACGCCCAGAGGUCCAAAGAUCCUGGCCUCCACCAGCAUAGUCAUGGUGACGGAGAGCCCAGCCACACCCACCACCUCGUCCACCGCGUCCUCUUCGUCCAAGACCUCCAGCCGAGUCAUGCUGCACGCUCCCGCCACCCAAAACGGAAACCCGAUCGGCUGCAAAUCAGCAGAGCCGGCUAAAGCUAAAGGCUGGGGCCGAUUCAGGGAGACUGUCGUGAAGGCCGAGUCCUGGAGCAGCGUCUCUAAGGCCGAGUCCAUGGAGACGCUGCCCGAUAGAACUAAGUCUCAGGACGAGAUGUCCCUCAAGAAAACAGACUCCUGCGACAGUGGCAUCACAAAGAGCGACCUCCGUUUGGACAACGCGGGCGACGCCCGAACGCCUCUUGAGCAAAGCCCGGUCCAGUCCGACGAGAAGAGGGCCUUCUGUCCGAUACCGGAGCAGAGCAUGCAGGCCUCUUUUCUGGAGCUGAAGCAAGAAUUAAGAGGAGACAUCAGCUCUCUGAACGUUCGCAUGGCAGCACUGGAGUCUCAGCUGGCUGAGAUGCUGCGAAUUCUCAAAUCCAGGAAGUCGUCGGGCUCCUUCUUUGAGAUCUCGCGGCCUCCUUCCCCGGAUUCCGAUAAGGACAGCCUCUCCUAAACUGGACAUGGAGUCGGUCCUCGGGAAUCGAACUCA